CCGUCCUCUCUCCGGGUCUGACCUUCUCGUCGUACGGACCCCGGCCACGAUGCGCGACGUCGGCGUGUACAAUGUCAAGCGGGCACUCCCGCGUAUGAGCUGGGCGCCGGAGAACCUAUACAACCUCUGGCAAAGGACACACCCCGACGGCCCGAAGCGCAUCGAAAUCUCCUUCAACCAGUCCUCGAGAACACUCUUCCAGCAGCGCUGGGUAUCCAAACGAUGCGCGCGCGCGUACCACGGCGACCACAUUAAGGAGACUAUCUUCAAGCGCUGGUAUCUCCCCGCCACCAUCCCCGACCCUCGCCCGCGCCGUCUCGUCCUCGACGAUAAGGCAAACUUGGAAGAGUUUGCUCAGCGCCGGAAGAAGGAGAAGGAGUACGAGGCGGAGGAGGAGGCGAAAGGCCUGCCGCCCGUCACGAGCUUGAUGUUCGCGGACGUCGAGCGCCGAAUUGACGUCCUCAUCUUCCGCUCUUGUCUCGCGCCGAGCGUGUAUGAGGCUCGCCGCCUCGUCGUGCACGGGAAGGUCAAGCUGAAUGGGAAACAGCACCAAAAUGCCAACACGCGCCUCGCGCCGGGCGACAUGGUCACCGUCGACCCCGCGCACAUCAAGUUCCUUCGCAAGCCGCCAUUGCGCGCGGGCUGGGCGGACAUCACGAAGCAGCUCAUGGACAAGGGCUCGCCGAAGGCGCUCACGCCCUUUUACCUCCCGCCUUAUGCCGCACCGUGGCUGUUCGUCCCCGCAUACCUCGAGACGUCGUUCGCGGCGUGCUCGUUCAUCUACGUCCGCCACCCCACCGCGCGGCCCGGGUACUCGGAGAUCCCCACUCCGUACGCAGCGGACGGCGACGUGAUGCGCUUCACCUGGGAGUGGUACGCCAAGCGUCGGUCGCGGAUUCGGUCGAAGAGCCAGAUGGCGCGUCGCCCCGAGGACCGCGCGCUGGCGCUGCUGGAGGACGAGGGGCUCGUCAUUCAGGGUCGCAAGCAGUACAAGCGCCAGCUCGAGCGCCGGAAGCGGGAGAAGGUGCUGCUGCAGAACAACGGGAUAUGGAACUAGAUUUACGCACCUUGCUAAUGGUCAUCACUCCGCUCCAUCUCUCAUGGUUCUGGUCUGUGGUUGAUGUCUAUCUUGAGGGGAAUGCUGCGGUGGCUGGGCUUCCUAUCAUUGGAAGAGCUGAGACCGUUGUCGAUUGCGC